AUGGCUGCUGUGGAGGUGAAGACAGAAUGGGAUGCCAAGGCUGGUCAUCCCGAUGCUAGUGCUCCGGCUUCGCAAGCAGAUGCUGCAGCAGUGCCCGGGCCGUCCCCGGCCAUGGCAUAUACGAUCAAGGACAAGAUCGAGCUUGCUUUCUUGGAGGCCGCCAAAGAGGCCCACAUUGGUGACAUGAUGGCGCGUUGGUUCCCGCACUCGCAGGAGGGCCAAACUGAAUUUGCCAAGGUCAUGCUGCAUUAUGUGGGCCUUCCGGAUGUGGCCAAGCAUGUGCAGUCCCACCGGGCGAUCAACCACGUUCCUACAGACUCCAAGACGGACUUUUGGCUGAAUCCCUGGAUGAUCGAUUACUCGCGCCAGUGUAAGUAUGGCCAGAGCUGCAAGUACCCGGACAUGUGCACACUACGUGUUCACUUUGUUUCGAUCCUCACCGCUGGCUUCGAAGCUUCGAGGGAGCCUCUGGACGUGAGGUUUCUUGCGGAGAAAGGGACCAUGCCCUUCGUGGACGGCAUCGAGAUUUUCAGUGUGAAACUGGUCGAUGGCUUUACGAAAAGCCUGUGUGUCCAGGCGAUCUUUGCGCUGAUGCACAAGCUGGAGGUGACACCGGAGGACUUGGCCGGGGACGAGAGCAUGGCAACGUGUGUGGCCUCGCUGAAGUAUCUUAAGGGCAACUUCAAGAGGCACGAUCGCGAGGAAGAGUACUUGUACGAUGCUCUUGCGCUCACCCAGCGGACGGGAGAGAAACAGCAGGCGAGUCCGAUGGAGUUGGUCAGUGUGUUCAGCGAGGCGAUUCGUUUGAAGAAGAGGUCCCUCGGAGCCAAAUCGACUCGUGACCUUCUCAACCUCUGCGUCCAGGAUUACAAUAAGGGGCAGAAGAUCAAGCAGGAGACUGUGAAGAUCAUCUACAACGUUGUCCGAUGCCCCUUGGUCUUCAAAGAAAGUUUGAUGACCAUGUACAGCGACUACCGGCACUUCAAUGCAGGCUGGGGAUUUGCUUUGGCACUCCGACUCAGCAAGAAACUUGUGCAUUGUAACAUUUUGUCGCUCUUCCCUAUCAGCUCUGACGUUGGACAACCUUGCUGGCGAUUUCUACGUCCCUGGGACCAACCUCGCGAAGACUGA